AUGAACCUAUAUCAACUGCGCAGAGCGCCAUUAGUUGCACAGUGGCCCGUCACACCCUGCCGCAGCGCAUCAAGCAAAGGCCCUCGAACCCCAAAGCCGAGUCCCCUCAGUCCCAAACCAGUGGCUAUAAAACGGCGUCAAGCAACUCCGCCUCGCCAGCCAUACCAAGAGCGCCCUAACCCGCAGGGCACUCAGGCCGAAGGCCCUAAUGCUGAAACCACAGCAAAACCAGGCCAUGGCAUCCCACCCAGAGCCCUAACCUUCCUGGGCAUCACAGCACUCACCAUCAGCAUGUACUGCGGGUACCUGUACGCGUCAUACAUGCGCGAAGUAAGCAAAGCGCACACACUCAACGUGCCACGCGAUGUCUCAGACCGCUACAACACGACAGCGGCAACCUUCGACGCGGACGUCGAGCUCUCCGAAAAGGCAAUGGGUCUCGGCAAGAAACGGCGUGAUCUAGUGCGCCUGGCGCGCGGGAAUGUGCUCGAAGUCAGCUGCGGCACGGGGCGCAAUUUGCCGUUCUACGAGCUCGGCGAACGUCGCGGGCUAGAUGCCAAUGGCCAUGCUGCGGUUUUGGGUUGUCGCUCGGUGACGUUUGUCGAUCUUAGCCCGCAGAUGGUGGCUAUUACGAAGGAGAAGUUUGAGAAAUUGUAUCCUGCGUUCCCGGCGGUGUUUCGGGCUUGUGAUGCGGGUCAGGUUGAGCCAUCUGAGAUUGGGCGCUCUGGGGUGAAGAUGAAGGGGGAGCCGGUUACCUUUGAUACUAUUGUGCAGACCAUGGGUCUCUGCUCGAUGCCGGAUCCGGUUGCUACGCUGAGACAUCUGGGGUCUGUUACGGAGCCUGGGAGUGGGCGGAUCUUGUUGCUUGAGCAUGGACGGUCUUACUAUGAUUGGCUUAAUCGGAUUUUAGAUAAUCUUGCGCCGGCUCAUGCGGAUCGGCAUGGUUGUUGGUGGAACCGUGAUAUUGGGGAGAUUGUGCGCGAAAGUGGCUUGGAGGUUGUGGAGGAGAAGCGUUGGCAUCUGGGGACUACGUGGCGUUAUGUGUUGAAGCCGAAGCAGAAUACUGUCAGGGCUCACUCUUGA